AUGAUACCACAGAAGUCAGUUAAAGGCCAAGUAAUUGCUAAUGUGUUAGCCGAAAAUCCUGAAAUCCCUGAUGAUGAUAGAUAUUCUCUAGAAGAUCGCAUUUUAGUGAUAAAGGAAGAUGCAUGGACCAUGUUUUUCGAUGGAGCUAUAAACUUGGAUAGUUCCGGCACUGGGGCAGUUUUAAUAUCCCCGGAUGGACAAUAUUAUCCAGUAGCGGCAAAGUUGGUGUUCCCCUGUACCAACAAUAUAGCCAAGUACGAAACUUGCAUCCUCGGACUCCAAACGGCGGUUGAAAUAGGGAUAACUAAAUUGAAGGUAUAUGGUGAUUCUGCUUUAAUCAUCCUCCAAACGGUAGGAGAAUGGAAAACGAGAGACACUAAGCUUGUGCCAUAUAACGAAUACCUUGAAGAAAUCAUGAAGGAAUUCGAGGACAUCUCCUUUGAGUACUUAUCAAGGUCCCGUAAUCAGUUCGCUGAUGCGCUAGCUACGUUAUCAUCCAUGCUACAAGUGACUAGUGGAUUAGAGGUAGAACCCUUAAAGAUCGAAGUCCUGAUAAAACCGGCCUACUGUAUGGUUGUAACUGAAGAACCUGACAGAAAGCUGUGGUAUUAUGAUAUCAUGAAUUAUAUCCAGAGACAAGAAUUUCCUGAAGGAAGCAGCUCGGCUAAUAGGAAGUACAUAAUGAGAAUGGCUUCAAAAUUCUUUAUCAGUGGUGAAAAGCUAUACAAAAGAUCCUACGAUUCAAUCCUGCUGAGGUGUGUAGACGUAGUUGAAGCUACCAGAAUCAUGUAA